CCUCUCGCCACGCUCCCUUUCCUUUUUCCUCUCUCUCUCCUUCCCUAUUUCCAUCGUUGAGCCUUAUCCCUUCAUCACUUAUCUCCUUCAUCCCCUCCAAUCCUCAUCUGUUCGUCACCGUGGAGGAAGGCUCAGACUUUUUCACUGGUAAAGCCACUAGCAGUCAGCCGGUGGGAGAGCAUCAGAGGAGCCAGCGAGCAGGUUGUGCACCCUGUAGAGCUGUGGAAGCUGAAACGGCUCAAAGGGGGAACACAGGCAUCUGCGAUCGGGAGCUGCACAGGUGCAGAAAAAGAGAAAAGUGCCGUUUGGUUUUUCAUCAGUAACAUCAACAAACAACUCUCGCCAUGGCAGCUGAGAAGGCUGAAAUGGAUGCACUGAAAAAGGAGUGUGAUGGCCUCCGUGCACAGAUUGAGGCGGCCCGCAAAGCUGUGAAUGACGGCAGCAUGACUGCAGCAGCAUCAGGGGUGGCCUCAGUGGGUCGGGUCCAGCUGAAGCUCAGGAAGACACUCAAGGGUCACCUGGCUAAAAUCUAUGCCAUGCACUGGUCAGCUGACUCCAGGCAGAUGGUCAGUGCAUCACAGGAUGGAAAGCUGCUCAUCUGGGACUGUUUCACAGGGAACAAGUUAAUCAGAACGCCGUCUGGUCUAAAAACCCCUGAUUUGUGUCUCUGUCCUCUUCCUGUCAUCGUCAGCUGUCUGUGGGACCUGGAGACCGGCAAGCAGAAGGUCAUCUUCACCAACCACAUUGGAGACUGCAUGUCGCUGGCUCUCUCCCCCGACAUGAGCACCUUCAUCUCUGGAGCCUGUGACUCUCUGGCCAAGCUGUGGGAUGUGAGGGAAGGCUCCUGCAAGCAGACCUUCUCUGGCCACACCAGCGACAUUAAUGCCAUUUCUUUCUUCCAAAGUGGCAAUGCCAUCAUCACAGGCUCCGAUGACUGCCAAUGCAAGAUGUACGACCUGCGCGCCGACCAGGAGGUGAUUUGCUACCAGGACUCCAGCCUGAACGCAGGGGUCACAUCUCUGGCUGUCUCCAGCUCAGGCCGCCUUAUCUUUGCAGGUUACGAUGACUUCAACUGCCACAUCUGGGACUCACUGAAGGGAGAGAAAGUCGGCGUGCUGUCCGGUCAUGACAACAGGGUGAGCUGCACCGGCGUCCCUGAUGACGGUAUGGGCGUCUGCACAGGAUCCUGGGACAGCUUCCUCAAACUGUGGAACUGAGGCGUCCCUGCAGAGAAAAACACCAGGAGACGAAGAAGAAACGGAGCAGGACAAGAGGAGAGGAAAAUAGUGGCUGAGAUUUGACCUUCCUCUCUUUCUUUUCCCCGCUCUGCUUCUUCCUCAUACAUGUAUGCAAAUUUUAAAAGGUUGUGAAUGAGUCAUAUCGUGCAAAUGGCAUCAGUUAAACAAUGCACGAUGCAUCCCACUGCAUGUACAAGAAAGCUUUACUGUUGAUUUAUUUACUGAAAGUAAAUAAGAAGUAAAUCUUUAAAAAAUAAUAGAUUAUUAAUCAAAACGGAGCUGAAAAUAAGCUCUUAUUGAAAAUGAUAAAAAUCUCUAGAUUUUCUGGAAAUAACUGAAUAAAGAACAGUAAAUAAUGAAAAUAUGAAGAUAGAGCUACAGACUUGUUUUUAUUGUCUUCGAGGUCUUUGACCUUUUAAAAGAGCACCGCAAUCAUCUAGAAGAAAAAGACUGACGUGUAUAUUUAUUUAUAUUUUAUAGAUUAACACAUUAGAAAUGUACAGAGUCUCUUUGUUGUAUCUGAUCUGUUUGCUUUUUUGGCUGCACAUAUUCUGAGUGAGUAUUUGUAUGGUAGAGCUGCUUUCUCGGGUCCCGUAUUACCACCAGCUGACUUUGAUCCAAGAUGGCGGCUUUCCCCACUUCACAGGUAAAAAUGACACUGAUGGACUCGUGGAUGAUGGUUUGAAGGUGGAACCUGGCUGUAAAACACUCCUGUAAGCUUUCUUUACUCUGGCUUCAGCUGCAUUUUGUUGAACUUUUAAACUUGAGCAGUUCCUCUGUACAAAAAAAUACAAGAUUUUUGUUGGAAAUCUUUCUAAUAAACAUAGAAUUCUGCAUUAA